GUAUUUAAGCAGAGAGCCGAGGAGAGCUCAGACAGGACGAGGCGAAAGCGCAGCGAUUUCAGCACCAGCGCGACUGGACAGCGACUCGUAGCCCCACAAAACAAAGUCCACUCUCUGACCGGAGCCAUGGUUCUCAUCUGGACCCAGUUCGGUGUGAAGCACAAAAAUGUCAAUGUCAAGUGCAAAGUGCGGGUGAUGCACAGGGGGGACAGCUCGGGCUCAUCCUCAUCAGCGGAGAGCACCAAGUCUGAGCAGGACACGCCUUGUCUGUCCAUCAAACCCACGGGCAAGGACUUCUACAAAGUCCUGGGUGUCACCCCUGAAUCCAAUGAGGACGAGAUCAAGAAGGCCUACAGAAAGAUGGCUCUCAAGUUCCACCCAGACAAGAACAGCGACGCUGAUGCGGAGGACAGGUUCAAGGAGAUCGCAGAGGCCUAUGAGAUCCUGACUGACCCCAAGAAGAGAAGCAUAUAUGACCAGUUUGGAGAAGAAGGGCUUAAGAAUGGAAUGUCGGUGGCCGGCCAAGGCAACGCCUUCCACAGUAAUUUCCCCAGUGAUCCCCACGCCACCUUCUCCUCCUUCUUCCACGGCUCCGACCACUUCGACAUCUUUUUCAGCAACGACCAGGACAGCGACGACGACCUCUUCAACCCCUUCCGGCGCUUCCCCUUCAGCCACGUGAACGGCUUUGCCGGCGGCGAGGGCGGCCUGCGGCGCGGCCGGCGGCGCCUGCAGGGCAAGGCGCUGGUGCACGACCUGCCGGUGUCCCUGGACGACGUCAUGCACGGCUGCACCAAGCAGGUCAAGAUCACCCGCAGCCGCCUCAACCCCGACGGCCGCAGCCUGCGCUCCGAGGAGAAGGUGCUCAACGUGGUGGUGAAGAAGGGCUGGAAGGCCGGCACCAAGAUCACCUUCCCCCGGGAGGGGGACGAGACGCCCAACAACACCCCCGCAGACAUCACCUUCAUUCUCAGGGACACGGACCACCCUCAGUACAGGAGAGACGGCUCCAACAUUGUCUACACGGCCAGCAUCACCCUCAAAGAGGCUCUCUGUGGCUGCACAGUCAACGUCCCCACGCUUGACAACCGGAUGAUGCCUCUGCCGUGCAGCGACGUCAUCAAGCCCGGCGCCGUCCGCCGCCUGCGGGGCGAGGGCCUGCCCAUGGCCAAGAGCCCGUCGCAGCGGGGCGACUUGGUGGUGGAGUUCCAGGUGCUGUUCCCCGACAGGAUCCCACCACAGUCCCGGGAGAUCAUCAAGCACAGCCUGGCGCAGUGCUAGCCUGCUGAAACCCACACGGACUGAAGCGUCGAUUGGCAAACACAGCCGCGCCCAGGGUGCUAUUUACACAACCAAUCGCAACCUCUUAUUGUGUUUGGGGAAUGGCAGGAUCGAGCUGUGCUAGUUGUGUGGGCACGAUGCACAACAACAAUGACGACGACGAUGCCGCAACAGCAGUGAGUUCAGAGUGGGGUCUUUGGUAUCUGAGGGCAUCCGUGGACUCGCUAGCCUUUUAAAAGCUUCUUGGCUAAACAAGUUAUCUGUACUGUUAUACUUGCAAACCUCUAGCAGGAUAUCAGUGUGCUAUUCAAGUCUGUAAAGACUUCCUUAAUACUGAAACAUGGAAAUGUGAAAAAAAAUCUUUAUUAUAGUUAUAUGGUGUUCAUAUAACUUAUCUUUUGCAUCGAUUUAUUACAAUACUAAGUUUUACUUGUGUACAAAGAUCUACUUUGUGUACAAAUGACAAACACAUUGUCUCUAAGAGAGAUUCACCUGUCAAAUGUUCUAUUGAAUGAUGAAAUGUUUGUACAUACUCUGCAAUGAGCUGUUGGUGUAUUAUUAGCUGGCAUAGACAUGUGUGAAGGCAUGGGAAAUAAAGAAUAAAUCAUGA